AUGUGUAACUUUCUGGAAAAGGAAGUAUUCCUUCGAUUCUCACGGCCAAGGAUCAUUCUCACGGACAACGGAAAGCAGUUUAUGUCGUUGGCGUUCCGGUCUCUUCUCGCGAGGCGCAAUACCGAGCAUAUGACCACAGCGUAUUACUGUCCGAUGGUGAACAACGCAGAGCGGGUAAAUAGGGUGUUGAUAACUUGCAUCAGAGUGCUUUUGGAUGAAGAUCAUCGAACUUGGGACGAAAAUGUAGCAUCGAUCGUAGCUGCCCUCAAUAGCGCAAAGCCCGAGGUCACGGGAGUGAGUCCGCACUUUGCCAACUUCGGCCGAGAACUUCUGCAUACGGAUCUGUACAAACAACAGGAUCUCAACACGCCGCAGGAUCUAAAGCUGGCGCAAGAUCUGCGUUUGUCGAAUUUAAAGCGUAUCCAUGAAUUCAUGUUGCAACGGAUCAGAAACUCGCACGAAAAAUCGAAGAAACGGUACAAUAUGCGUACGAGAGCGGUGGCGUUCAACGUCGGAGAUCUUGUCUGGCGAAGGUCGUUCGGACUAUCAUCGAAGGUAGAUCGCAUCAACCAGAAACUAAACCCGAAGUUCGUGCCAGCUAUGAUCCGGAAAGUUUUGGGUACCAUAUCAUAUGAACUGGAGGAUGUUCCGUCCGGAAAAGUAGGAAGGUACCACGCGAAGGACCUAAAGGCCGAUUAG